UCGCGCCCCCCUCCUUUCGCCCCUUCAUGGGCCCAUGGAGGUUAGCCUGCCGGAAACACCGCCAGCCCCCCCCCCCUCAGGCUCCUCCGCGUCCCCUAUCCCUCCGCCUUCUCCGCGCCCCACCCGGCACCCCAUCGUGGGCCCAUGGAGGUUAGCCCGCCAACAGCACCGCCGAAAACACCGCUAGCCCCGCCAUCGGGCUCCUCCGUGCCCCCUAUAAGAAUUUCGCUGCUUGUUCCUUUCCAUCUCCAAGUGACGACGACAACGACGAAAGAGGUGACACUGAGGUUAGGAUGAGGCCAUUGAAGCGUAAGAGAGUUGAAGCGCCACGGGUCCCAACGCUCGAGGACGUGCAUCCUUACACCACGUGGAGUAUGUGUGUCCGGGUGUACCACAAAUUCCAUGCGGAGAGGUUCGCUGUUGGCAGGAAGAGGCUCAGCAUGGUGUUACUGGAUGAGAAGGGUAAGAAAAUGGCAGCUGUCAUAUAUGAUGACGAGGUGGAUCGUUUUGAGCCAUUACUUGUAGAGGGACGGGUAUAUUAUGUGUGGCGGAUGUCCGCAGAACCUGUUAUGAGAAAUCAAGACUACAUGUUUGCAGAUAGUCACUUUGUGUGUCGUUUCACAUCAGUGACAGCACUUAAUGAGAUAAGAAAUGUGAACGAGCAAUUUAUCCCAUUAUUUCCACCGUUUAUGCCUUUUGACAAAGUUUGGCAGUUCACUCUGGAUAAUGAUAUGUAUGUUGAUGUCAUUGGCAUGGUUAUGUAUGUGAGUUCUAUGGGGCACAAGUACAGUUUCUACAAUCGAAAGGUCCCACUGAGAAAUAUUGUUCUAAUGCACAGCAGCUAUAAUAUUGUGAAGUUAGUUGUAUGGGACAAGUUAGUGACCGGUAAUCUAAGUACCUGGGAGAAAAUCGUAGAGGAUCGUGCUAUAGUUGUGGCCACGAUGUUAAAUGCAAAGCGCGAUGGUAAGUCCAUAAGUGCAUGCAUUAUUCUAUUCCGUUUUUGCGAUAAUAAAUUUACCUAAUAUACACUGUUAUUCUGUCUUCAAUAAAUUAGACCGUAGCCUGCACACUACGGAUUUUAGUAGGGUCUACUUUGAUCCGGAUAUCGCAGUUGCACAUGAAUUACGACGAAGGAUCAAUAAUGAGCUCAGCGGGCCACCCUCUCCAUGAGUCAAAGAAGAUGAACUAUGGUCAUGUUGCAGAACUGGAGUCUUAGCAUAAUAGGACUAUGUUUUAUUUAAGCGUCGAUCUUGUACAUGGUGCAGAACCAGUACUCAAUAAAGUAGUAUAGACUGUCAAAGAUGAGGUCAGGGGAAGAUGAUUUGUAGCAAAGUUUAAGUUGUGACGGUAGACGCUGAAAUCUUUAGUCAUUCUUUUUUAUUGAGAAAGCAUAUGGGAACUUCGUGUCAAUGAACAUAUAUAUGAAGUUC